CAUCAGUGAAUACAAGUCAUCUAAAUGGUGUAAUAGCACAUUUUCGCAGGAAUGUUAGUCCGUCCAUCAUCAUGGUCCAGUGCAUGUCUCACAGAGUUGAGCUGGCUUAUAAAGCUGCUCUGAAGGUAGCACCCGUUUUUACCAAAGUACAUGGUUUGUUGGAUGAACUAUUCAAAUUUUAUCACAAAAGUGCCAAGCAAACCAAAGAUCUAAAAACACUUUCAUUGCCCUGGGCAUGUCCCAAAGGCUGCCAACAAGAAUAGGCGGAACAAGGUGGUUGGGCCAUGUGCAGACUGCAUUAAAGAGCUUGUGGAAAGGCUAUAAAGCUUUCGCCACACACCUUAGCCAGGUUGCAUUAAAAAGAAGUGGCCAGUCGGCAACACAGUCAAAGGCAAAGUAUUUGGUCAAACUUCUGCGGUCUAAGGAUGUUAUUAUCUUUGCCCAUUUCCUGACUGAUCUUGUUGGUUUUCUAACCCAGUUCUCCAUGUGUCUACAAAAGAGAGCAACAUGUUUUUAUGAAGUCCAUCAGGAGCUACAGUGUACCAUUGCGAACAUUAAGAAGCUCGAAAACAGGCCUGGUCCUGAACUUAGAAAAAUUGUUGAUGCUGGAGAUCAGUUUGGAGGGGAGACACUCAUUGGAAACGAUUUAUCAUCUGAUCAAAUAAAAAGAGUGUUGAAAGGUUUGACAGAUAGUUUGGAGGGCAGGUUCAGUGAUGUGAAUGAUGGAGUGAAAAAUGCAACCAAAAUUGCUGAUCUCACAUCUUGGCCUGCAUCACUGGAAGAGGCUACUGAUUUUGGUGAUGAGAUGGUGCAGACUUUGGUUGAUCAUUACCGCCAACAACUGCUGGAAAAAGAGCUUGAUGUGGGACUCAUUGAAUCAGAAUGGACAGUGUUAAGAAAUGUUUUGUAUAACAACCAUAGAGUUCAUGGACUGUCCUGGAGUACAGUAAAUGAUCUGUACAUCAGCCGUGUUCCUAACAUUCUAAGCCUAGUGGACCUUGUUUUGUCACUGCCAGCAGGGACCUCAGAGUGUGAAAGGGGCUUUUCUCAGAUGAAAAUCAUUAAAAGUCAGUGGAGGAACAAGCUUAAGUCAUCCUCAAUGACUCUCUUGAUGACAAUUCAGCUUAACUCUGAAAGUGUAGCUGAAUGGAAUCCAGGAAAGUCUAUAUUUCAUUGGAACCGAAAUGCAAAGAGAAGACCCUGUUUUAUGGAAUCUAGGAAAAGGCCUGUUUCCAUUCAGAGAGAAAUCUUGGAAUUAGAUGAGCAGGAGGAGUCAGAAGAAACUGCAGAAGAAGCAGAGGGAGAAAGAGGGGAGAAAGAACACUCGGACUUGGAUGACUCAGACUACACUUCAGACUUUUCAGAUUUAGAUGAUGACAGUUGUGAUUCCGAAGAAUAUGAUUAAAACAAAUUUACAAUAAAAGCUUCAUCUAUUAGAAGUAUUGUAUAAUAUCAUAAAUAAAUGAAAUGGAUUAACACUAACAACACUUCAUUUUGAGUUUUUGAAUUUUGACAAUGUAAUUUUAUUAUUGAUUAAAAAAAUUAUAACAUUUCAUCAAAUGUCUUGUAUUCCUCGUCAAUAAUAAGAUGAUUUAUAAUUAUAGAGAUGAAUAGUUAAAGUGCAUAAAAGGAUGUAAAUCUUAAAAAUAUGCAUUCUUUGGGUUAUGCUUAGAUAUGGUUUCAAAUACUGUGUAAAAGGUUUAAAUUUCCAGUGGCUGUGCUACAAAUGUAUUUUAAAGUAACCAAGCCAUAAUUAUUGAAUGUUCAUAAUCAUAACAUUAACAA